AUGUCUGAUCCAAGCGCCGAGCUCACAUCCACACUCCGCGGCCUAUCCAUAGGUGAAAAGGGCCCAGUGCAAGACAUUCCCCGACCAAAGGUGGAAAAACUCCCAACAGCAGCCGCAACCUCAACCCCCAAAUCCAACCCCAAAAUACCCCGCAAACCCGUUGCAGAUUCCUGGGAAGACGAAGCGGACCUCUCCGCCUCGGAAGGCGAGGACGCGAAGCCCCGCGACGAAGACGCUACCCCAGUGCUUUCGCCAACCAUCAGCGCUGAGGGUCCUCUAGGUCCCCCGCCGACACCUAUCUCCCCGCAGACGUCCAACCCGUGGAUGGCGAGAGCUGCUUCUCCUGCUUCGGCGCGGGAACCUCCUGCCCGUCGCCCGGAGAAGCAGACUGCUGUUGCGGAGCGGAUGAUUGCCGGUGCGCUGGGGAUCCGUGCCCCGAAGCGGACGGAGCAGCAGCGCGCUUACGAUCGCUCGAUUAAGGAGCAGGAGAUUCGGAGGCGGAAUCGCGAGCGUGAGGAGAAGGCUAAGGCUAAAGAGGAGGAGGAGAAAAUGAAGGCUUCUAUUUGGAACAGUUAG